UUUUCACAGCUAUGGCAUCAUUCAUAGCGGCUAUGGCGGCGGCUCAAGAGGCGAAGAAGACUUACAUAGUUCGCAUGGAUAAAUCAGCAAUGCCAGUUGUAUUCCCUACUCAUGAACACUGGUAUAAAUCCCUUGUUUCUUCCAUUACUGAAGAGGAGAAUACCAACCUGAUAUAUACGUACGAUCAUGCAUUGCAUGGGUUUGCAGCUAAGCUUACGAAGGCCCAAGUUGAAGCCCUUGCCCGAGUCCCCGGACACCUGUCAGUCCAUGAAGAACGGCGGCUCCAGUUGCAAACGACCCGGAGCCCUAAAUUCCUAGGUCUAAGCCCAAGCAGGGGCAUAUGGCCUCAGUCUGGCUUUGGCAACGAUGUGAUAAUUGGGAUGAUAGACACGGGCGUGUGGCCUGAGAGUGAGAGUUUUAAUGACCGGGGGUUAACAGACGUGCCCACCAGAUGGAAGGGCAACUGUCAAGCUGGCGAGGCCUUCAAUUCUUCCAAUUGCAAUAAAAAGUUGAUAGGUGCCCGCUACUUUGUAGCGGGUCUGAACGAUGACGAGGAGAAGAAAAAUGAAAAGAGGACCAUUGAACCGCCUCCUGAUGGUUUUUAUAAGUCGCCCAGAGACUCCGACGGACAUGGGACCCACACAGCUUCAACAGCUGCUGGACAAUUUGUUCCCAAUGCUGAUUAUUUUGGGUAUGCUAAGGGUACAGCUGCGGGUGUGGCGCCGGGCGCCCGAUUGGCGGUUUAUAAAGUCUGUAAUGUUUUUUGCAGUGAUUCAGACAUUGUGGCAGCCAUCGAUCAGGCCAUUAAAGAUGGCGUUGAUAUUUUAUCCAUGUCACUUGGAAGUCUAACACCAGAGAAAUAUAUCGAUGACAUGAUCGGCCAGGCCGCGUUUGGAGCCAUGGAGAAGGGAGUGUUGCCUGUUUUGGCUGCGGGGAAUAGUGGCUCUGACCCAGGUUCUGUUGUUAAUGUUGCUCCCUGGGUUGUUACCGUCGGAGCUUCCUCCAUUGAUAGACAAUUUCAAGCAGAGGUGACCCUGGGGAACGGCAAUGUUGUGGUUGGCAACUCAUACUAUGUCUUAAACGAAACGCUCUACAAUGUACCCCUCGUCCACAUCACAAACAACGAGGCCACAAAGGCCUGCGACUCCGAUUCCCUUCCUGACAAACUGGUCUCCGGCAAAAUAAUAGUGUGCACGACUGACAUAAACAGAACAGUCGACACGGACUGGCAAUACAUUCUCCGUCACAUCCAGAACCAGCUAACUGAAGCCAACAGAGCUGGAGCAGCCGCCGCAAUCAUCAUCAACUACAAUGCUCCCAACCCAUUUCCGGACGCCUAUUUCAUGCCAGCUCUAGUAGUAGGGCCUGCAGAGGGUAAACUCCUGACCUCCUAUGCAGCCACGUCGAAUGCCACAGCAGACAUUGUCUUCCAGAUUACAUCCCUCAAUACUAAACCGGCACCGGUGGUGCCAGACUUUUCAGGCCGUGGGCCGUCAGUUCCUAGCCCGGGGAUCCUCAAGCCAGACGUCGUGGCACCUGGAGUGGAUAUACUCGCAGCCUAUCCACCUAACAUACCGGUUAUAACUGUAGGCUCUGAUAAUAUGAAUCUGUCAGCACAGUACUAUUUGGACAGUGGAACUUCAAUGGCGACUCCUCAUGUGGCCGGUUCAGCGGCUCUAGUUAAGGCGAUUCACCCUGGGUGGAGUCCGGCCGCCAUCCAUUCUGCACUCAUGACAACUGCUAUGACCAAUGAUAAUAUCGGUCAGAGCAUAAGCCAGUUAAUUGGGAUCAAUCCGAUCCCAUUCAAUGGCAGCCCUUUCGACUUUGGGGCCGGGCAUAUCCGCCCCAAUCUGGCGGCUGAUCCGGGCCUCGUUUACGAUGCAGGUGUGGAAGAUUAUCUUGAUUUUCUCUGCACUCUGAAUUUGACGGCGAAGGAGAUUCAAACUAUAACAGGGAAGAAGUAUUCAUGCAGGCCUCAUCUGAGCGCAACCGAUCUCAAUUGCCCAUCUUUUUCUGCCAUUUUUGACAGGAAGGUGAUCGGCAAACAGGUGGUGACGUUUCAUAGAACUGUGACUAAUGUUGGAGAUGGGAAUUCAGUUUAUAGGGCAGUGAUAAGGGCUCCCCGAGGAGUUAACGUGCAAGUUAAGCCAGAUGUUUUGAAGUUUAGAGGUGUGAAUGAAAAACUCAGCUUUGUUGUGAGGAUGGAGAUGGAGGUGAAGAAGACGAUGGUGAAGGGUAAGUUUAUGUGGUAUGGAUAUCUUACGUGGGUUGAUGGAAAUCAUCACAGGGUUCAGAGCCCGCUCGUUGCAUUCUUCUCCACUUAAUUGUAGUUUCCAGUACACUUUUUCAUUGCAUGUUGCA